UGUCACUUUAGUCGAAUCAAACAUUUUGCGCUUGAUAGAUCAUAACUGAAACGAGUUUCGAUCUCUCUCGGUUCUGUGAUUUUUUUUCUGUCAACCAUCAUUUUAAUAACAAAUCAAUUGAGGGCAUAUUAAUUUUAAUUUAAAUAUCGAUAGUGUUGUGUAAAAUGAGUGCGAAAUACAACACCGAGGCUUAUAUACUAUUAUUGAUACUGGGUGCUUUGCAGCAUACAUCGUUUGGUUUGGAUUGUUUUGUGAGUGAUUUUGGCAAUUAUAAUGAAUCCACCAAAGAUUGUAGUGAUGUACACCGUCUCACAUUCAUAAACAUAUCAGCACCAUGGAGUCGCAUUCCCGCAAAACUAAUUGAACAAACACAAAGAAUUCAAGGGAUUAUUGUAGAUGGUCAAUCGCUUAAAUCAAUCGACAAUAAAGGAUUUUGUGAAUGGAAAUAUCUUACAUCCUUCAGUGCUGACGCGAAUCAAAUAAAAACGUUGCCAUCACGAAUGCUUGGUGAUUGUCAUAACCUUCAAAUGUUAUCGCUGUCGAAUAAUAGUGUGAAUGAUAUUUUCGAAGAUACAUUUUAUGGAUUGUCUUUGUUGGUGGAACUAGAUUUAUCAAACAAUCAAAUAGUCAGUUUGCCCGAUGUCGUUUUCCAUCCGUUGAUAUCGUUAAGAGUCCUUCUCUUGACAAAUAACAAAAUUGGAGUCAUCGACAAAGAUCAUUUUACGCAUAAUUCCGUUUUGAACGUUUUGGAAUUAAACUACAAUCAAAUCAAUUUCAUUGAACAAUCCGCAUUUUGGAAACUUGAACGUUUGCAAACAUUAGAAUUGUCAUUCAAUCCGGAAUUGAAGGUCAUCGAUUUAACAAGUAUGGAUCGUUUGCAUGAUGUAUAUAUCAAUAAUUGUAACUUGAGCAAUCUACAUAUACCAAAUAUGUUGGAGGAAAUCAAUGCUAAUUCAAAUAAAAUCACCCGGUUGAGCAUUGAUUCAAAUAGCCUUUUGUCGGGACUGUAUUUAAAAAAUAAUUCAUUUCAAGACAUCAGCGAAUUGACACAAGCAACCAAAUUAAGAACACUCGAUAUUUCAAACAAUAAUAUCACGACCAUUGAUUUCUCAUAUUUGAUGGGAACACAAAUACGAGAAUUGUUUGUGUUAGAUAAUCCCAUUCAAAACUUUAAUGUGAACUCCUUAACAAGCAUAAACACAAUUAAAUUGAUCGAAAUUUCGCUUAAUAAUCUGGAUGACCAAACAUUGGCCGAUUUGAUGAAAGAAACACGCGAUAAGCAUAUCUCUGUACAGGACCCAAAUAGAGUGCCGCGUAAAUAUACUACACCGUUACCUAUUGUUACCACUUCAACUAAUGGCCUCACCACUCCAACUAAUGGAAUCACCACUCAAACUAAUGGCCUCCUCACCACUCCAACUAACGGCCUCACUACUCCAAGUUCGGUUGGUCCUGUUCAAAUACCAACAAUUCCAACCACUCCCAAUGUUCCGGUACCAUCGCCAGUUGACACCAUUGAUAGUCUAUUAGAUCGAAUAAAAAAAUUGGAAUCACUCACAACGAUUCUCAUAUGGGUGCUUGUUGCGUUUUCGAUAUUUAUUUCAUGUCAAGUUGUUUUAUUCGUGGUGACCAACUAUAGACGCUGCAGUAUUCCCAUUCCAAACAUAUUCUCACACAAUGGAAUAUCGAAUGGGCAACGAGACCAUAUAAUGACCAACAGCAUGGAUCCGAUUUUGGAAGAUACACUGAUUACACAAUUUAAAUCAAUCAUUGGUGUUGUGCAAUUGGUUCUGGUGAUGAGUCAUGCGGUCACUGGUCAAAGUUAUACAAUAAGUAAUUUGGGAAAAUCAAACGAAGGCUGUAAGAAGAUAACGUUCGAUGAAAUAACACAAGAUAUUCCAAGCGAAUUAUCAAAUGAAAACGUUUGUUCCGUCGAAGUGAGAAAUCAACAGCUCGAUAUCAUGACUGUAAAAAGAUUUUGCGGUUGGAAAAACCUCACAUAUAUCUAUGCUGAAAUGGAUAAUAUAACAUCAUUGCCCGCCAACUUUCUUGCUGAUUGCCACAAUCUCCAAACUCUAUCAUUGUCUGGAAAUAAAAUCAACACUAUCGAUGAAAAUGCAUUUCAAAAUCUAUCCGCAUUGACUACUUUGGAUUUGUCAAAUAAUAAUAUCGAUGUAUUCAAUGGAAGUGUUUGUAAGCCAUUACAAUCUUUGACCAAUUUACGUUUGAACAACAAUAAAUUAAAAACGCUCAAUGCAGAUAUAUUCCAAAACCUCACAAAGUUGGUUAAAUUAGAUUUGAGCAACAAUUCAAUUAACCAAAUAGAUAAUAACACAUUUAACCCACUGCAAGAAUUGAGAGUGUUGAACGUAUCAUUCAAUCCAGAUUUAAAAUAUAUGAAAUAUACGGAAAUGCCAAAAUUAAAAGUGCUAAAUAUUGCACAUGAUCAAUUUACAGAUUUGUAUGUUACAUCAAAUAUGACGAAAAUCAUUGCCGAAUUCAAUAAAAUCUCAUCAUUAUCUAUUGACCCAACGAACAAACUCGAAAGGAUAUAUCUACGAAAUAAUUCGUUGCUGCAUAUCGAGUGGAUAUGGCAAACACCCAGUUUGAAGGUCUUAGACGCCCCGCAUAAUAAUAUCUCAUUCAAUUUUCAAUCGAUGUUUGUGUUUUUCUCAAGAAAAAUUGAAUCUUACGAUUUGACUGGAAAUCCCUGUAAUUUUCAAUUAGAUAAACUUGCUGAACACGAUGAAAUUAUGGCAACUUAUAUAACACAUAAAGUGACUCGUUUGGAAAAUGAUAUAAGUAAUUUAAUUAAUUUAACCGAAAAAGUGUCUGAUCUUAAAGCAAUGACAUACUGGAUGAUAAUUAUAUUCACGCUAUUUAUGGUCUUUCAAAUCAGUUUAUUUGUUUACAAAAAUCGUAUGCAUUCGAACGUUUCAUUUCCAAACGUAUUUGGACAAUCUAAUAGGCCAACCAAUCGAAGCGAUGAAUUCAAUGAAUUUUAUCCAAAUCUAUUGGAACAUGGAUUUUAAUUACAGUUUCUUCUGUGUGACAUUAUAUACUUAACAUUUUCUAUAUGAAAUAAUUCAAAAUAAAAAAAAAUAUUUUUUUUUUCCAAAUUCCA